AUUUGCUAUUGACAGUGAAUGCAGCGUCAAAAAUAACGUCGGAUUAGUGCUUUGAACGUGUGACGUCGCAGACGGGCUCUGAUGUGUGGACUAGAAAUAUUUAUCUGAGGCAUUUGGAGCAACAGACAGACACUAUCGGCGUCAGCUUCACUGCAAAUUUGUGUUCCUCAGAGUGUGUUCCUUAGCUGUGUGACAGGCUGGUGGUGUACAGCCAGGAUGUCCUAUAUGAGCGCUGACAGCAGCUGGUCCCAGCCAAGGGACUUUGGCAGCCUUAUCCAGACAUGCAGCUCCAACAUCCAGAAGAUCAGUCAAAACUCUGGUCAGAUCAAAAAUCUCCUCCACCAGCUGGGGACGAGACAGAAAACCUCAGAGCUCCAGGAAAGGCUCCAACAGCUCCAGCACUACACCAACCAGCUGGCUAAAGAAACCAACAGACACCUGAAGGAGCUGGGGUCACUGCCCCCACCACUGUCUCCAUCAGAACAGAGGCAGCAGAAGCUGCAGAAGGAGCGUCUGAUGAGCGAUUUCUCCGCAGCCCUCAACAACUUCCAGGUGGUGCAGCGGAGGGCAGCUGAGAAAGAGAAGGAGUCGGUGGCCAGAGCUCGAGCUGGCUCCAGAGUCAUGGGAGAUGGAGGCAAUGUGAACGAACAGCUGGUUACAUUCGAAAAGGAAGAUGAGUGGAACCAGAGCCAGACUCAGACUGAGGAGCCCACCAUCACAGAGGAGGACCUGGAUAUCAUCAGGGAGAGAGAGACUAACAUCAAACAGCUGGAGGCCAACAUUAUGGAUGUGAACCAGAUUUUCAAGGACCUGGCUGUGAUGAUCCACGAUCAAGGAGAGAUGAUUGACACCAUUGAGGCCAACGUGGAGAGUGCUGAGGUCCAUGUAGACAGAGGGGCCGUCCAGCUGCAGAAGGCAGCCCAUUACAAGAGGAAGUCCCGUAAGAGGAUGUGCAUGCUGGCCAUGGUGCUGUCGCUGGUGCUCAUCAUCCUCAUCAUCAUCAUCUGGCAAGCCCUCAAAUAAGAGAAGCACACUUUCACAUGACAUCCAAUGUGUGUGUGUGUGUGUGUGUGUGUGUGUGUGUGUGUGUGUGUGUGUGUGUGUGUGUGUGUGUGUGUGUGUGUGUGUGUGUGUGUGUGUGUGUGUGUGUGUGUGUGUGUGUGUGUGUGAGAAAAUGCUAAAUUUGACUUUCCUUACUGUGCUUGACUGAAUGUGGAUUGUACUGUAUUUAUUUUGGGGUAAAUGGCGGGAACAUGAAUAUGUUUUGGGUUUUAAAAGGCUAACAACAUAACAGAUCUGCCAAUAUUUUGUGUUGAUAAUCAAGAUUUUUGUUAUUUCUUUAGUCUAUUGAUAAAUUGACAAGUAUUUGGCGUUUCCGCUCGUAGUUUGGAACAUUAAAACUCCACUGAGCCAAUGUAUGACUACUGCUACCACUACUGCUACUAAUAACACUAACUUAUGAAUUUUUGGAUGAUCUGUCUGUGUGUGUGUGUGUGUGUGUGUGUGUGUGUGUGUGUGUGUGUGUGUGUGUGUGUGUGUGUGUGUGUGUGUGUGAGAUAAAUAAACCCUACAUUCCAAUGCAGAAAAAGUACAAUUUUCUUCAAUGUAACCUUUGUCACUUCUUUAGGACUGUCUCAUCAAAUGCUAUCUUGCACAAUUUUAUAUACAGUAAGUAACCCUGUCUUGUUUGAAUAUGAAAGUGUAUUCCUGAUAUAAAAAGUGUCUUACCUAUAAGAAUGUUAAAAGACAAAUAUCACCUGUUAGCAGUGAUCAGAAUGUCUGUCCUUAGUAAACUGUUUGUUUCACUGGCUCUGCCCACCUGAAAGAGAAUUUAAUACAGUUCCACCUGAUCAAGUGC